AUGAGCGAUUCCGAUUCAUCAGAGUCAUCUUCCACGACAUCUUCCUAUACGGAAUCCAUUACCUCCACAAUCCUCUCUACUAUCAGCGAGACUUUCUCUCUACCCACAGAAACACCAGGUCCUUCUCCAACACCUACAGCACCAUCCUUCCCGUCACCUACAGCUCCUUCAACACCCUCCAACCCCUCAUCAGAUCCUUCUACAAUCAAUGAUGGGAACCCCUAUUUGCAAACAAAUCUUCUCUGUGACUGGACCAAAACAGUGGUUCACUGUCGAGAUUCUGAUUUUGUAAAACAGAUGUUGGUCGUAUCCUCGGCCGCACAUCUCGCAGCAGCGCUUUUCGGCAUCUGGCUGCUUAGUUACAGGAACCGUGGCUUUAACCCUAAAAUUAUUACAGACCUUUUUAUUAAAGUCGGCACUGGAGUUCGGCCCAAACCUGUCUUGUGUAAUCUACUCAUUAUCCUUGAUGCUUUGCAAGAAGUCCUAUGGCUACGCGUGGCGAUUGAACAACUUUACUGGGCUGUUGUUGCAUUCGGAUUCUCUUCAUACUUUGUAGGUCUUCUUUAUGCCAUGCCAGUCACUACGCGUGAAGGUAUCUUUGCAGUCUACCAGCCCGAGGUGGUAUAUGGAGAUAAACCUCUUCCACCAAUCCACGUACUUACACCCACGACCAUUCAAAAGAACUUUAUGCUUAUCAUUGGUGCCGUCUAUCCAGCAGUCUUUGGAGCGGGUCUUGGUAUCGCUUCAAGUGAAUUGGAGAGACGAGGGUAUUAUGAAGCUUCACGUAUCCUUUUCCUACUCCAGUACUCUAAUUGGGUCGUCAUCAUGUACGUCAUGAGCGCACUCUUCUUUUACUAUGGUCUAAAAUACACAUUCAUCCUCCGAGCCAACAUCAUUGUCGCAGAGGCUGCUCUCAAGGCUCCUCGGGCCGCUUUCGGCAUUGGGAACCUAAAGUCGCGUUCUCCAGCUCGCUUCCUGUUCAUUCAGUUGCAGAUCACAGGAUUUGGAGGUUGUGCAGUGACUCUCUUGGCAGGAACACUCUGUAUCAUUUGGGUACUACUCAAAGAUAAGAUCUUAGAGAUGCCAAAUGAGAGGCUACCUCAUGUGAUGGCUGUCUUUUGGACAUGCGCGAUUGCAUUAGCUUAUUUUGUGGCUAUGGCUUUGAUUGCUGCACAAACCGUCAGGAACAGGAGAAGAGGCUUGCAUGAGCAAUCGACAACAACUGCAACUGGGACUCUUUCACGUUCUGGAGGCGAUAAUGGCCAAAGGAACAUUAUUGGAAGUGGAAGACUGUCAAAAUCAGAACAGCACAGCCACCAGCAUGAGUUUGACCCCGAAGCGCAACUGAGAGGGCAUAGCUCAGGCGACCUUAGUUCUUUGGAGCAUGAAAAGGUGUCCGUGUCCAAGGAAAGAUUAAAUGAGCAAUAUGAGAUCUACCCCAGAUACAUGUCCGUAGAUGGUCAUCACCAGGCGGAUAGAGACAGAGCUGUGGCGGCAGCAUCCGUCGUUGCUAUGGUGGCACUAUCAGAUAGAAUGGAUCAAGAAGCCAACGCACUAUCGAGACAAAGUCGCGACUCUUUUAAAUCACCUACUAGCCCAACAUCGCCUUCCCGAUCCUUUUCAACCCAAGCCAACAACAAGUCUACUAGUACCAACAAUAAUGUGCACAACAAUCUACGCGAAUCAGUUUUUGGAGGACGCACGCCACGCGAAGAUGGUAUGCCUGGAUCACCUCCAGCAAAUGGUGGAGGCGGAUUCUCAUUGCCAUCUUUCCCUCUUAUGGGCAUGAGAUCUCCCUCUAGGAACAGUAACUAUCCACAACAGCAACAGCAACAGCAACAGCAACAGCAACAGCAACAGCAACAGCAACAGCAACAGCAACAGCAACAGCAACAACGCCCUUCAAUCAGUUCUCGAACCCAUACAACCUCAACUAAUUCGUCAAAGUUUUCAUCUGGUUCAAACAAGUAUGGUACAUCUUCGGAUGGAUCAAUCAUGCCUCCGCUAUCACCCACCAGCCCUAUUAUGGCACCGGCGCUGGCUUUGCAGCAGCAGACCCAACAACAGCUACAGCAACUUGAGCAACAGAGCCUAGGGCAUGGAUCACGUGCAUCUACUCAAAGAAUACAAGUUAUGUCUGGUGGUUUUCAGGCGAUUCCUGAAAGAGGAGCCUAUGGUGGUAUGGAUGAAGAUGAUGGUCCUUCACUUCCACAAAUGCCACUCCCACCUUCAUCUCCCCCCCAUAGCCCCCUCCGGACAAAAUUAAGCGGGUUUUCCUCGUCACCCAGAAUUAUGCAGGCCUCUUCACUAGCACACCAACAACAAUAUCAGCACCAGCUGCAGCAACAAUAUCAUGAUAUAACAUCGUUGUCUCGUCUCCCUCGACGAUCUAACUCCUCUUCAAGAAGUGGUAGCAAUUAUAAGGAUCUCUCGAUCAACAUUCCUCUACCUCCAGAUAUGCAACUUCAACAGCAACAUCCACUACAUCAGGUUGCUUACAAAGGUCUUUCGCCACCACCACGGUCCGUUCCGUUAAGCCCUACGCGUAGGACAGGGGGACAAAGUAUGAGGACCAAUAAAAUGUCUCCCCCAACAUCUCCAAUAUUAGUCUCAGGCUCAGUUGCUACCUCACCUUUUGCAAUGCCAGGAUCGCACCCACUGGAUAGCCACAAUGGUAGCUGCAGCCCAAGGCUCUCACCAUCCCAACAAGCGUUCCAAUUAGACUCCUCUACUCAAUCUCCUCGCUUAGGCAAUGGGGUUCGUCGCGUGUCCAGCAGCACCGCAGCAUCACCAACGAUCGACAAGGAUAAAGAGUCUGGUUCUGCUAAUACAGCUGCAUCUCGUGGGGCUGGGGGAGGUUAUCAAGCUCAAAGAACUGAGCCACCCCCAACACCUCAACCUAGUAUUGCUUUUAAUACCUCUCCAAAAACGAUGAGACAACAUACCAAUGCAUUCGGGGUUCCACAACAACAAGGGAUAGAAGCAGAAAGUGAUGAUAGUCAGAGUGUUGACUCUGGAGGGGUUGAUGCCUGGCCCAUGCCUCCUACGUUCAAGUAG